AUGGCGACCUCCGUCGCCGUCGGCAGCACUCUAACGGCGUACGAUCGCGGGAUUCUCACAGCAGUGAACGUCGGCGCGUCGGGCCUCUCUUUGGCUGGUUCAACCUUCAUUGUACUAUGCUACCUUCUCUUCAAGGAGCUCCGCAAGUUCUCCUUCAAGCUCGUUUUUUAUCUCGCACUCGCAGAUAUGCUUUGCAGUUUCUUCAGCAUAAUAGGGGACCCAUCCAAAAGUUUCUUUUGUUAUGCUCAAGGAUACAGUUCACAUUUCUUUUGUGUGGCAUCUUUCCUUUGGACAACAACAAUUGCUUUUACCUUGCACCGCACUGUUGUGAAACACAAAACAGAUGUCGAAGAUUUGGAGGGCAUGUUCCAUUUAUAUGUUUGGGGUACUUCGCUGGUUAUGACAGUCAUGCGCUCUUUCGGUAAUGACCACAGACAUCAUUUUGGUACAGUGUGUUGGACUCAAACAGGUCGCACAGGGAAGGCAGUUCAUUUUAUUACAUUUUACAUGCCACUUUGGGGUGCAAUUCUAUAUAAUGGGUUUACAUACAUGCAAGUUAUACGCAUGCUGAAUAAUGCAACCCGUAUGGCAGUUGGCAUGUCAGGCCAAUCUUAUGUCUCAGAUUCAAGAGACAACAUGAGGGCUCUGAAUCGAUGGGGAUACUAUCCACUAAUUCUAAUAGGAUCAUGGGCUUUUGGCACUAUUAACCGAAUUCAUGAUUUUCUUGAACCUAACCACAAGAUAUUUUGGCUCUCGUUUCUUGAUGUUGGAACGGCUGCCCUUAUGGGCCUCUUUAACUCAAUUGCUUAUGGCCUCAAUUCUUCUGUUCGUCGGGCAAUUUGUGAAAGACUGGAUAAGUUAUGGCCCGAGAGACUGCACAGAUGGCUCCCUAACAGUUUUAAGUACAAGAGCUUAUCGCAAGAAAGUGAACUCGCCAUGUUCAAAACUGAAGAUCAACUAUAG